UAGAAGAAAUGCGCGCUCAGUUCCUGUGAAGCGCUAGUGAUGAAAAGAUUUUGAUGCAUUCGUUCUACUCCUUUUGGCGUCUUUAAUUUCCUACCAUUCUCUGUUUCGUGCUUGUAAUCCCAUAAUAUUGUGAAUUUGGUACUAUCCGUAAAGUGUUUACGGUUAUACGGCGGGUGCCAACACUGAAAAUGUCGAAGUAUAAAGUGUCAUUAGAAUGGAAGAAACGCGUGAAAACAGAGUACAUGAAAAUUCGUCAAAGUAAGAGGCAUAAGAAAGUGGACGACGUAAGAUCAGCAUGGAAUCGAAACAGGCAAAAGUUGUUGGAUCAAUUGGUUAAGGAAAAUGAUACCUGGUUGUCAACAAAUGCCACUUGGACGCAAUGCGACGUUGAGCAAUUACCGCACGUCGGAUGUAUGAAGAAAGCCGAAACUGUCGAUCAAGAUGGAAACCAUCAAUCGGUACCGAUCCGUGUCGUUAACGCGGUCACUCCGAUACCGACGAUGUAUACCUGGGCACCGACGCAGCAAAAUUUCAUGGUGGAAGAUGAAACUGUUCUUCACAACAUACCCUACAUGGGCGACGAAGUACUGGAUCAAGAUGGAUCGUUCAUCGAAGAGCUUAUAAAAAAUUAUGAUGGCAAAGUGCAUGGAGACAAGGAAGGAAGUUUCAUAGAUGAUGCCAUGUUUGUCGAGCUCGUCCACGCGUUGAUGGUAGUAAUGGCCAAAGAUGCAGCGGAGCCGGACGUCAAAAAACUCCAUUCGCGAUCGUCAUCUUCUGGUGAAAUUAUUGAUGCCUCAAAAGCAGACGAAUCCAUAAGAAAAAGUAAAAUGAAGAAAACUGAAAAAAAUAACGAACCAGAAACGUACGUCGAUGGCACAGAGAGAGAUGAUUGUAAAGAAAUUGAGCAUUUCACAGAUGGCAGAAAUGAUCUGCCAAGUGUAAAGGCGUUUCCAGCACCGAUCAUAUUUCAGGCAAUAAGUUCUCAAUUUCCAGAACAGGGGUCAGCUGAAGAGCUCCGAGACAAAUAUAUUGAACUCACUGAACGUGUAGACCCCGAAAGACCGCCAGAAUGCACACCGAACAUCGAUGGACAGCGUGCUGAGUCGGUAUCGCGAGAGCAAACGCUUCACUCUUACCAUACACUGUUCUGCCGGCGUUGCUUUAAAUACGACUGCUUUUUACAUCGUCUUCAAGCAUGUCACCCGGGACCCAACUUGCAAAGACGACGAUGGCCAGAACUUAAAAUUCCAAGCAAACCUUGCAGUGAGACAUGUUAUCUACUCCUGGAUGGAAUGAAGGAAAAGAUGGCUGCGGACAAUAGCAACAAAUCAGUUGCAACGAUGGACUCGGGAAAUGAAGCCAGCUCAGAAGACAGCAACGAUAGCAGUCGCUAUAGCAAAGAUGCCCCGUUCAACAAAGCGAUGAGGAAUGGAGCGAGUUUGCUUGAACUAUUUGAAACCGCGGAUAAUGGGUGGAACGGUUCCGAUAAAUCAUUCUUCCGCACACUGCAAAAAACGUAUCUCAACAAUUUUUGCGCCAUCGCAGAAGCUAUGCUGGUAAAAACAUGUCAACAGGUCUACGAAUUUGCCCAACAGGAAGCAGCCGAUUUCAUGCCAAUUGAGCUCAACAAAGACAAUACACCACCCCGCAAGAAGAAGAAAAAGCAUCGGCUAUGGUCGGUGCAUUGCCGCAAGAUACAAUUGCGCAAGGAGUCGAGCUCGAACCAUGUGUUCAACUAUUCACCUUGCGACCAUCCCGGGCAGUGCGAUUCAAACUGUCCAUGCUAUGGAGCGCAAAACUUUUGCGAAAAGUUUUGCAACUGCAGCAGCGAGUGUCAAAACCGAUUCCCAGGGUGUCGGUGUAAGGCUCAAUGCAACACUAAACAAUGCCCCUGUUACUUGGCAGUGCGUGAGUGCGAUCCAGAUUUAUGUCAAACUUGCGGGGCAGAUCAUUACGAGAUAAACAAGAUUACAUGCAAAAAUGUCAGCGUGCAGCGUGCUUUGCAUAAACAUCUUUUAAUGGCCCCAUCGGAUGUUGCGGGCUGGGGCAUUUUCCUUAAAGAAAGUGCACAGAAAAAUGAGUUCAUUUCUGAGUAUUGUGGGGAAAUUAUAUCCCAAGAUGAGGCAGACCGACGCGGCAAGGUUUACGACAAGUACAUGUGCAGUUUUCUGUUCAAUCUGAACAAUGAUUUUGUUGUUGACGCUACACGGAAGGGAAAUAAAAUUCGCUUCGCUAACCAUUCGAUCAAUCCCAACUGCUACGCAAAGGUCAUGAUGGUUAACGGAGAUCAUCGCAUUGGAAUAUUUGCAAAACGUGCUAUACAACCAGGGGAGGAACUAUUCUUUGAUUAUCGCUACGGACCAACAGAACAGCUUAAAUUUGUUGGUAUCGAGCGUGAAAUGGAAUUUUUGUGAAAAUGUACUUAGAUUGCAUUUUAAAUUGAACUGUAAUUAAUAUUGCUUUUAAUCAUUCACAAAAAAUACAGAA